GAAUAGUAAGCUACUCCAAAUAAAUAAACUAUUUGAAAAAAGUGAUGAUUUUUAACAUCAGUGGCAGCCAUUCCUGAUGCCCCUUGUACAUCUGCUGGCCCCGUUGUGACUUGGGACGGGAAGGCUGAGGUAGUCGCUAGCUCGCUGUCAGUGGAGUGAGUGUGAAAGUAAGUGGAAUAAUGGGGUCAGGUGAGCUGUGUGCUUGUGCCCCCAGCCAUGCCGACUCUCAGGCCGUGGUGGCCUGGCUCUCCAGGGACCUGCGCCUGCUGUGUGAGCAGACAGAGGCACCCUGUCAGCACGCCGACGUCGCCAGGGCUAUGCUUGCUGAUUUUGUGCAAAUGCUUGUUUUGAGGGGAUUCCAGAAGAACGUGGAUGUGAGAGGAACCGUGGAGCCGGAGUGGAUGUCCCAGGUGGCCGUUGCUGUUCUCGAGAGGAUGCUGGCUUCUGCGCUCGAAGCUUUGGCGGCCGGGAUUCAGGAGGGGUCCACAGCACACAAGGCAGUGAGCUGCUGGUUCGGUGUGUUCAGUGGACACAUGUAUCGAAGUAUAAUUUCAACCGAGUCUCCAAAGAGGUUCUUCUGUCACACUCUGACCCAGAUCCUCACCCACAAGCCUGUACUGAAAGUUUCCGACGCUGUUCAGAUGCAGAGAGAGUGGAGCUUUGCAAGGACCCCGCCUCUGCUCAGUGGCCUGUACCGUAGGCUCUUCGUGAUCCUGAGCCCAGAGGAGCUGAUGGACCACUUACAAGAAGUUCUGGAGACACAGGAGGUGAACUGGCAGCACGUGCUGUCCUGCGUGUCCACACUGGUGAUCUGCUUGCCAGACGCACAGCAGCUCAUUAAUGGUUGGGUGUCACGUUUGCUGGCUCAUGCGUUCGAGAGCUGUGACCUGGACAGCAUGGUCUUGGCGUUCCUGGUUGCACGGCAGGCUGCGCUGGAGGGCCCAGCUGCCUUCCCGUCCUAUGCCGCCUGGUUUCAGGCCGCCUUCGGGAGCACAAGGGGCUUCCACGGCUGCAGCAAGAAGGCGCUGGUCUUCCUGUUCAAGUUCCUGUCUGACCUCGUGCCCUUCGAGGCCCCCCGGUACCUGCAGGUGCACGUCCUCCACCCGCCGCUGGUUCCCAGCAAGUACCGCGCCCUCCUCACCGACUACGUGGCGCUGGCCAGGACGCGCCUGGCUGACCUCAAGGCGAGUCCCAGCCUCCCCUGCUGCCUGCUCCCCCUCUCUCUCCGCGGAGGCCAGCGCCCGUCUGGGUCCUCACAUGCGCCCGUGUCUUUGCAGGUUUCUAUAGAAAACAUGGGGCUCUAUGCGGAUUUGUCUUCAGCUGGGGACGUCACCGAGCCCCACCGCCAGACGUCCCAGGAUGUUGAGAAGGCCAUCAUGGUGUUUGAACACACGGGGAAGAUUCCCGCCGCCGUCCUGGAGGCCAGCAUAUUCCGGAGGUCCUACUACCUGUCCCACUUUCUCCCCGCCCUGCUCACGCCGCGAGUGGUCAGUACACGUAGCCGUGAACGUGGGGCCGGGUCGGCAGAGAGUGGGCUCCCUGUCGGCGUCUCACCCAAGUCCUGUGUUCCCUCUCAGCUCCCGAGGGUCCCUGAUUCCCGGGCCGCUCUCAUAGAGUCCCUGAGGAGAGCGGAUAAAAUUCCCCCCUCCUUAUACUCCAUCUACCGCCAAGCCUGCUCCACUGUCGGAGAGAAAAAGCCAGAAGAUGCAGCCUCGCGAAGGGAGGUGGAGCCCAGCUGUGCGGAGGAGCCGCUGGGCCUGCUCACAGCUGCCUUGCGAGAGCUCAGGGCCUCAGUGACAGAUCCCACCCAGCAUGACGCGUUGUUGGCUCAGAUGGCAGUGAUCUCUGAACAGCUCCGCUCCGCCCUGGGCCUCGGCGAGGAUGACAGUGACGUCGAGGGGGCCCCGGUUCAGCUCAGCGUCCGGGCCCCCAAGCUGCAGCCGUGGGAGCAGAGGGUCGUGGACCUCCUGCUGACGUCUUUCUGUCAGAACCUCAUGGCGGCCUCCAGCGUUGCCCCACCGGACAGGCAGGGCCCCUGGGCCGCCCACUUCGUGAGGACCCUGUGCAGACGCAGGCUCCUGCCGGCUCUGCUCAGCAGGCUCUGCCAACUGCUCCAUCACCAGGGCCCGAGCCUGAGUGCCUCACAUGUGGUGGGGUUGGCUGCCCUGGCCGUCCACCUUGGCGAGUCCAGGUCUGCCCUCCCGGAGGUGCGUGUGGGCCCUCCCACCCCUGCCGGGGGCCUGCCUGUCCCCGAGCUCUUCGACAUCCUCCUGCCCUGUAGGACCCAGGAGUCCUCAGCCCUGUGUCUGAAAUUUUGUACGGCGGCAAUUUCUUAUUCUUUGUGUAAGUUUUCUUCCCAGUCACGUGACAUCUUGUACAGCUGUUUGUCUCCAGGCCUUAUAAAAAAGUUCCAGUUCAUCGUGUUCAGAUGGUUCUCAGAGGCCCGAGACCCUCCCUCUUGGGAAGACCCGGCCAGCUCUCCCUGGAGGCCCCUGUGCCUGCCCUCCGUGGACUGGCAGCGAGCCGCCCUCUGCCUGUGGAAGCAGAGGACCUUGCGGGAACUGCUGAAGCAGGAGGGACUCCAUUUGACUUACAGAGACUGGUUACAGCUGGAACUCGAAAUUCAGCCUGAAGUUGAUUCUCUUUCAGAUACAGAAAGGCAGGACUUCCACCAGUGGGCCAUCCACCAGCACUUCCUCCCCGCGCCCUCUGCCACCGGGGGCUGCGACGGAGACCUGGAAGUCGCCUGCGCCACGCUUGUCAACGUGCUCAUGGACUUCUGUCAAAGUUCAAGGAGUUAUGAUCACUCAGAGAAUUCUGGUUUGGUUCUUGGCGGCUGCACAGGAAAUCGGGAUAUUUUUUCCAGAUUGCAGGAGAUGGCUGCUGACCUGGAGCAGGGCCCAGCGCCCCUCGGCCAUGCUGCUCCCCGGGGCCACUUCCUCUUUGGAGUUUUCUGCAGACGCCUCCAGGCCCUGGCUCGAGGGUGGGACGCGGCCAGCCGCCUCCAGCGACAGCGGGAGCUGCUCAUGUGCAAACGCAUCCUCCUCGGCCUGCCCCCCUCCGUGCUUGUCGGCAGCCCCCGCUUGGAGCAGCUGGCCGCGCCCGACUGCGAUGACUUCUUCCACUUAGUCAACUCGGAGCUGAGAAACUUCUCCCACGACGGCGCCCUGACCCACGACAUCACGGCCCACUUCUUCAGGGUAAUUUCCUUUCUCUCUGCCCCUCCAGCGUCACUGCUCACUCAGACCCCAGGGCUGGGCCCUUGCGUGCGUGGCAGCUCCCGGGGCCUGGGUCCACGUGCAAACCCUGUGUGCGGGCGUCUCUCCCCGCAGGGGCUCCUCAACGCCUGUUCACGAAGCAGAGACCCCUCCCUGGCAGCCGACCUGACCCUGACUGCCUGCCAGACCCAGUGCCCCUUGCUUCUGACCUCUGCUCUGCUGUGGUGGCCGCACCUGGAGCCCGAGCUUCUCCGCCGGUGGAGGAGAUGCUCCCAGAGCCCGCUGCCUGCAGAGCUGCGGAGGCUGCAGGAGGCCCAGCACUUUGCUGGGGGCGUCCUCUCCUCCCUUGCGGCAGCCCCCGCACCUGGCCCAGCCUGGCUCUGCGCGGCUGCCCUGCACUUCGUGAUUCGACGGGCCGGGAAGGAGAGCAUCCGGCAGGAGCUGGGACAGCUGGACGGCCAAGGAGAGGAGCUAUUGGUUUUCCUGUUUUUUUUUUCCUUGAUGGGCCUGCUCUCUUCACAUCUGACCCCGCAGGCCGUUGGCUCCCUGAAGGCUCUGGACAUCUGUGCCGAGGUCCUGGGGUGUCUGCAGAGGAAGAGGAUUUCCUGGCUGCCGCUCUUUCAGUUGACGGAGACAGAUGCCGGCCUGGGGCGCACCCUCCUCCGCCUGGCCCCGGACUACCAGGUCAGGCUGCUGCCGGUCGCCUUCUACAGCCUCCUGUCCUACUUUGACAAGGACGCCCUCCUCCAGGAAGACGCCUUCCUGCACGUUGCUGUUAACAUGUACCUGAAGCUCAUGGGCCUCUUCGUGGCUGGGGAGACUGGUGCGGUCUGGACUCUGGCCCACAGUGGGGAGCUCCAGGCCCAGGCAGGUGCAGGGCCAGGCCUGUCUCCACACGGACCCGGGAGGCCAGCUCUCGGGGGCCUGCGGCCCGGGCAGCCCCUCCUGGCGCAGCGUGCAGCUGUGGGCACCCUGACCGCGGCUCUGCCUGUCUUCUCUCCAGGGCGACCCCGUAAGCCUGAUAACAAACGCUCGUCUUUUUCUGCUGCAGUCGAUACCUCGGUGCCCGAAAAGGAGCUUCUCAGACGUGGCAGAGCUGCUGGGCGCGGGUGCAGACUGUGACCCGGAAGUGCGUGCCGCCCUCCUCAGCAGGCAGCAGGCCGUGCUGGACCCUGACCUCUACCAGGAGCCCCGUCUCUUCUGACAGGAUCUGUGCA